AUGCCUCUAAUAGCUCAAUUUCAAAUUUCGCUCAUCCUCCUUGGAUUAGCUGCACUUAGUCACAGUAUCUUCAUUCCACCCACCUUAACAGGAUCUCUACCAAUUGGCGUAGUAUCUUAUGAGUUGAACAAUACAUCGAUGAACCCAGUCCGGGAUCUCAUGGUAUCAAUUUACUAUCCCUCUUCUGAAGAACUAUGCAAAAACACCACCCUCGCUCCCGACUUCUCUCCCGUCUUCGCCACUUGGGCAGAUGGCUGGUUUGCAGUUCCUAAUGGUUCAGAUGCAACCAUGGUCCAGCGCGCCUACAACUCACCCCCGAUAGACAACUCUCACUACCCCGUCCUAUUCUUUUCUCCGGGUUAUGGAAACUCCCGACUCCUCUACAACGGAGCUGCGCAAGACAUUGCCUCAAAUGGCUACAUAGUAGUUAGUAUGGACCACCCCAACGACACAGACUUCACCGUCUACCCCGACGGACGCACCGCCUCGUACGUAGAGGACGACACCGAGUCCCUGGAAUUCUACGCGCCCUUCAUGCUCAAACGCGCGUCAGACGUAAUUUUCAUACUGGACCACCUCGAAGAAAACGCUCACAAGACUAUUCCGGGCCUCAAAACCCCCUUCAAUACAUCCAAAGUAGGAGUGCUAGGCCACUCCCUCGGUGGUGCCACCGCAUCCCAAGUAAUGGCAAACGACACUCGCUUCAUCGCCGGCAUAAACAUGGAUGGCUCCGUCCCGCCACCAGCCGAAACAUACAACCUCACCUCCCCCUUCCUCAUGCUCGCAUCAGCAGGUCACGGCAUCUAUGAAGGUGAUCCGAGCUGGACGACGUUCUGGGAGAGUUUGGCGGGGUGGAAACAUGCGUUGAGGGUUAAUCAGACGAUGCAUCAUCAUUAUUCUGAUAACGUGUUCCUGCUGCAGGAGUUGAGGCCCGAUGGGUAUCCAGCAAAUGAAGGGUUCCUCAAUGGGACGUAUAUGUUUGAGUUGGAGAGUGCGUAUGUGGUUAAUUUCUUUGAUUUGUGGUUCAAGGGGGGAACGGGAGAAUUGUUUGAGGGGCCGAGUGCGAAGUGGCCGGAGGUAAUUUUUGACGGUUGA